CGCGCCUGGUGUGGCGAGUUUCUCCGCCCGGGGAGCCGAAUCCGACUCGUCCCUCUCUCCCCAGCAUCUAUCUGACUUUGAUAAACAACUUCACAUUCUCAGAGUUCUCCUUGAGUGUGAUUCCUGAUUAUACUGCAGCUGGGCUGGUUGAUGUCAGCAAGAAUUGGAACUGUCUUGAUUUUGAAAGAGAAUCUUUAUCGAAGCUGGCAUCUGCAUCAGAUUGUCUACCGAUGCUUUACAGAGAAAGGUUUUAUCAUGCUGGAGACUGAUAUCAUUGCGUGCAAAUGAAAAUUCUCCAUUUUUGUUCCUAGGUUUUUAGUUUUUACUUGGUGUUUCAUUCUUGAAAGCAUGCUACCACAUUUGAAAGUUGGCGUCUUUGGCAACUAGGACAGCAAACAUGAGUAAAGAAUCAUGUUCUGAAGAAAAAGGCUUGAAUCUCUUGCAUCAGUUGGAAGACAUGCUUGAAAAUGACCCACUAAUUGAUGAACUAGGCUACAUUCAUCCGUCCCAAUUCUCCUUGCUUAAUGAUGAAUUGGGCAUUUGCUGUGAUUCAUCUGAAGAAGUUUUGCAUCCAUCAACAAAAAGGACAGCGGGCUCUGUGGAAUCACUUGUUGAUACUUCCAACAGAGAGAACUUAUAUUUUUGGAACAGGGAUCAUAAACUGGGGAUUUCAACCCAAAUUCUUCUACAAUUAUAUGGAUCUGCUAAACAUGCAUUUAUGUCUGCAUUUAAACAAUACAAGGCAUCUAGUAAUCAAUCUGACAAAGUUGGCACUUCUUCACAUGUCCUUUUAUCCUGUGACCAUCUUGAAAGUAUACUUAUGAGACACAGCAGGUCUCUUCUGUUGCUGAGCUGUGACUUUAUAACUGCUUGGAAUUGCAGAAAGCAUGUACUUUCCAAGAAGAAUCAAUUCUCAAUGUUUAUGGAUGAACUUCACCUUUCAGCACUUGUGCUCUCAUAUGCACCUAAAAGCGAACAAGCUUGGAGCCAUAGGCGGUGGGUAAUCAAGUCAAUCUCUGCAAACUGUUCAAAUUUCAAUGAGAUUUUAGAGAAAGAAUCUGAGCUGGUGGAAAAAAUAGCUGAGAGAUCAAAGAUGAAUUACCGUGCUUGGAAUCACCGUUGCUGGUUGGUUUCUCACAUGAAAAUGGAACAGGCUCUACAUGAAUUGGAGAGAACCAGAAAUUGGGCUGCACUGCAUGUUGCUGAUAAUUGUUGCUUUCAUUAUCGUAGAAGGCUAUUAGUCAAGAUUUUAGAGGACUCAAGUUGUAUGAGAGGUGUAUCUUCUGGUCACAAGUCUGAUAUUGACCAGCUUUGGAAGGAUGAAAUUGACUGGAACAGAACAUUGAUAAAGCGUUAUGUCGGAAGAGAGGCUCUGUGGCUUCAUCGUCGGUUUCUUUCCUUAUGCUGGAUCAACCAUUUUCUAGCAGACUCUAGUGACAUAUCAAAUCCUUCGAAGGAGACAGCCAGCAGGUAUCAUGAAUUUGGCAAAUUUCUGGAGAAUGAAUUAUGUCUGUUCAAGUCUUGCUCCACUAUUGUGGAUAAUGACUUUGAGGAUCUCCAAUCACAAGUGAAGCAUUCCGCUUGCUAUAUCCUAUGGUUGAAAAUGCAAGUCCCCAAGCCUCUAGAAAAUGAGCUCCUAGAGAAACUGAUAGAAGUUGAUCUGAUGAACUUGCUUAAUAAGUCAUGCCCAGAGAGAUCCUCACUGUUCAACUACAUUAUGAGGUAGAUGGAAGCAUCCAAGCUUUGUGUGAGGGAGUUAAUAUCUUUUGAAAAGAAGGGAACACUAGAAGUUAUUGUUAAUUCCUUCAAUGUUCAUUUACCUGAUGUAAUCUACCAAAAAUACUUCCUACUAAUCAUAAGCCAUUUAGACGAGAGCAUGAGAUUGCUGAAAAUAGUUCAAUCAUGCUUAAAUGCAGAUACAAGAAUGUGAGAUACCUAUUCUGUCUUUGAUUUUUAAGUCAAGUUGAAAGCUUCUAAUGGCAUGUCUUGUUAGACCCAA